AUGGCAGAUAUUUUAGGCAAGUACAAAGUUCCACAGUUCCUAUAUGGCCCUAUUCCAAGUAUGGAGGGUAAAACUGAAAUCCCUUUCUACUACCAUAUGGUUCCAGAUGAGGAGUUCAAUUUCAGGGGAAUUCUUCAAAUACUUUUGUAUUUCCAUUGGACCUGGGUUGGGAUCCUAGUAAAGGGACAUGGUGGACCAAAUUUUGAGCAAUUAAUCUUUUCAAAGUUUUCUCUACAUGGCAUCUGCAUUGCCUUCUUAGAGCAACUCAGGCCAAUUUAUAUCAACAGCAUAUCUGAUGGCCUGAAAUGGCUUGUGGAAACCUUCUAUGUUUUUAUUAACAGCAAAGCUAAUGCUAUGAUAAUCAAUGAUAAUUAUGUUCUACCUUUGAGAUGGUUGUUAUAUAUACCUAAAAUGGAAUCAAUAUCUAUUAAACCUAAAGGUAAAGUGUGGAUUGUGACCAAUCAAAUGGGCCUUGCCUCAUUCUUUUAUCAAAGGACUUGGAAUAUCCAAAUUCUCCAAGGUGCUCUGUCCUUUGUGGCUUCUUCAAAUGAAGUUGAAGGCUUUCAACAAUUUCUUCAGACAAGAAACCAUUCCUUAUUCUCUCACCAAGAUGGUUUCCUAAAAGAUGUGUGGGAACAUGCAUUUGGCUGUGUAUUUCCAAAAUCUUCUUUGAAUGAAGAAACUGAAGGUGUCUGCACUGGGAAGGAGAAACUGGAGAGCCUUCCUGGGGCUUUUUUUGAAAUGAGGAUGACCAGUCACAGUUACAGUACAUACAAUGCAGUUUAUGCUGUGGCACAUGCUUUACACACCAUGAAGUUGAGCCAACAACCAAAGAGGAGAACAUCAAGUGGCAGGAAACUACAUCUCCAGGAACCACAGCCAUGGCAGUCCGGUGAUCUCAUCAUGGGUGCUAUUACUUCUCUUGUCCUCAUGCCUCCAGAUCCAGCUACCUUUACUGAAGAUCCCCAUCAUUCAUUUAUAAGAGAACCCAUAGUCCAGACUAAAUUUUAUCAGCAUAUUUUAGCUUUAAUAUUUGCUGUAAAGGAGAUCAAUGAAAACCCUCAGAUCUUGCACAACAUCACCUUGGGUUUCAAUAUUUUUGACAGCUAUGAUGGGACAUGGACUUAUCAUGCCACAAUGAACCUUUUUUCACCAUUGAAGAGAAUGAUCCCAAAUUAUAAAUGUGGCUUUCAGAACAACCUGAUUGCAGUCAUUGGAGCUCUUUAUUCUGAAACUUCUGUUUACAUGGGAGAUAUCUUGAAAAUCUACAAAGUUCCACAGAUUAUAUAUGGAUCACAUCCAGAGAUGCCAGAUCAAAGUGAAUCUUUUUCCUUCUAUCAAAUGGUCCCUGAUGAAAGUUAUGAAUACAAAGGUCUGCAUCAUCUACUUUUGCACUUUGGAUGGACCUGGGUUGGGAUUCUUGUAAAAGAAGAUGACGAUGGAAGAUUUGUGAGAAUGACAUUUUCAAUGUUUCCUGUUCAUGGCAUUUGUAUUGCCUUCCUUAAAAAAAUAAGACCAAUUUAUAUCAGUAGUAUUUCUGAGGAUCUAGAAUGGCUAGCAGAAAUAUAUCAUUUUUCAAUGAACAACAAAGCCAAAGCAGUAAUUGUCUAUGAAAGAACACUUCUGCAUUUGAGGUUACUACUACACCUUCCUAAAAUGGAACUAGUGUCCUUAGAGCCUAAAGGUAAGGUGUGGAUCAUGACUUCCCAGAUGGAUCUUGCAUCAGUGUUUUACCAAAAGAACUGGGAUAUUCAAGACAUCCAUGGUUCCCUGUCCUUUUCAGUUCACUCCACUGAAAUUCCAGGAUUUCAGGACUUUGUCCAGGCAAGACACCAUUUAUCAUCAAAGGAAGAUGGCUUUAUCAAAGAUGUCUGGGUACAUGCAUUUGACUGUUCCUUUCCCAGUCCUUUGGUGAAUGAUAAAGAUAGUGAUAUUUGUACUAUGAAGGAGAAACUAGAGGACCUGCCUGGGACUUUUUUUGAAAUGAGCAUGACUGGCCAUAGUUACAAUAUAUAUAAUGCAGUAUAUGUUAUAGCUCAUGCUUUUCAUGCCCUGCAGAUUGAACAAAAGCAAGAAAGAAACCUGUACAGAGGAAAACAAAAUCUUCAGACUCAGCAUCCAUGGCAGCUCCACCAGUUUCUAAAAAGCAUUGCAUUUAAUAACAGUGUUGGGGAUGAGAUUUUGUUUGAUCAGAAGAGGGAACUGAUAGUUGGAUUGGAUGUUAUCAACUGGGUCACCUUCCCCAACCAGUCCUUCUGUCGAGUGAAAGUUGGGAAACUGAAUCCCUCAACUUCUGUGGGCAAAAAGCUCAUCAUUCACAAUGAAGCCAUCACCUGGCAUGGAACUUUCAACCAAACACUACCUAUUUCUCUGUGUACUGAGAGCUGCCUCCCUGGUAAUUUCAGGAGAAAGCAGGAGGAAAAACAAUUUUGUUGCUAUGAUUGUCUUCCAUGUCCUAAAGAGCAAAUGUCAAGCCUGAUCGACAUGGAUGAUUGUUCUGAAUGCCCAGAAGACCAAUAUACAAGCAUGGGCCAAGAUUCAUGUAUUCCAAAGAGAAUAUAUUUCUUAUCCUAUGAAGAACCAAUGGGAAUAAGUCUAGUUAUUUUGGCACUCCUUUUUUCCUUUUGUACAAUUUUGGUGCUGUCAGCAUUUUUGAAAUAUCACCAUACUCCCAUUGUCAAGGCUAAUAAUCAAAAUCUCACCUAUGUUCUACUCAUCUCCCUCCUCCUCUGCUUCCUUUGCUCACUGCAGUUCCUCGUUGCACCAGGCAAUAUAAUAUGUCUCCUCCGACAAAUUAGCUUUGGCAUCAUCUUCUCAAUGGCUGUAUCUUCUGUGCUGGCUAAAACCAUCACUGUGGUUUUGGCUUUCAUGGCCACCAAGCCAGGAUCAAGAAUGAGGAAAUGGGUAGGAAAACAGUUAGCCACCUCCAUUGUUCUGUCUUGUUCCCUGAUUCAAGCAGGCAUAUGCAUUGUGUGGUUGUUCACAUUUCCUCCUUUUCCAGAUAUUGACACCCAUUCAGAAAUUAAGGAAAUGAUACUGCAGUGCAAUGAAGGUUCAGCUACCAUGUUCUACUGUGUCUUGGGCUACAUGGGCUUUCUGGCAGCUGCCAGUUUCAUAGUAGCUUUUUUCUCCAGAAAGCUUCCCAGUAGUUUCAAUGAAGCCAAAUGUCUUACAUUUAGCAUGCUAAUUUUCUGCAGUGUGUGGCUCUCCUUUGUUCCAUCUUACCUGAGCACAAAAGGCAAAUAUAUGGUGGCUGUGGAGGUUUUCUCCAUUUUGGCCUCUAGUGCUGGGUUGUUAGUUUGCAUAUAUUUCCCCAAAUGUUAUGUAAUAAUUUUUAGACCAGAACUAAACAACCGGGAGCAACUAAUUAAAAGACAAUAUUAA